GACUGUAAAGAACAAGAACAAACCCCGUCAUUUUCCGGGGACGAAAUUGUUUUGGGGGACAUGACUUAUUGACUGGUAUUAGGUUAUUUAAACGUCUCAGAAGUGACACUCCUUUGUCCACAAUGUUGGCCUGUACUCGUCUCUGCAGCAGUACUAUAUUCAGCGCUUUUCGCACGACUCCGGUAACUGCUGUCGGUCAUCUCCAGAGAGGUUUAUCCUCGCAGACAGACGGAGAGGAGCGCAUCGCAAGCAUACUGAAGGACAAGUUUCCUCUGGCCUCCAAGCUCAAAGUGACGGAUAUAUCAGGUGGCUGUGGGGCCAUGUAUGAGAUCCAUAUAGAAUCCAGUGAGUUCAAAGGAAAAAGAACUGUUCAACAGCACCAGCUGGUCAAUCAAGCCCUGAAGGAGGAGAUCCAAGGCAUGCAUGGCCUGCGAAUCUUCACUAAUAUCCCAAAGCAGUAAAAAGAUGGAACGAUUCACUUCUGAACCACAACCCUUUUUGCUUUUUCACCCAAUAAGAAUGUGCAGACUCAUCAAACAUGGUAUAUGGUUUAGCAUAUGCAUUUCAACCAAAAAACAAACAAACAAACAAACAAAAAAACAGUUAAGGUGUCAACAACAGAGAUGCAGUUACAACAUUUUCACAGUAAAAAUGUGAAAUACACGUACAGUACGGUAAGACUAAGGUUUUUUUUUUUUUUUUGUGUAAAGAAUGAAAUCUUCUUUGUAAGAUGUAAAACUAGGAACAGCUGUGAUACGCACAACAUGACCAAAUGUUUGGUCAUGAUCAAGUCUCUCGGGGUUGUUUGUGAAGCUAGUGUUAGUUCUCGUGAGUACCUGAGAUCAGCUACACAUCCUUUCUUUAAACUUCCAGCAAUGUGACCACAAUGUAUGUACAGUUCACUUAAAGUUGAUCUAUUUUAAAAUAUUGUAUAUCAGUGGGUUGUCCACAAAUAUUGAGCUUAUGUUUUAAAUGGGGGUUGUAAUAAAAAGCAGCAGCUUUA